CAGGAUCUGCAUCUGCAGUGGGUCCUCACUGCGAGCACUACACCUUGGCUCACAUUCUCACUCAACAUUAGAUUGCAAUAAAAACUCUUCACCAUGGUGUCCGAGACACUGAAUCACCAACAGCAAGUGAUUGAGAUUCUUUCCAAUCUGUACAACAAAGCAGAAUUCAGUGACGUUGAGAUCGUUGUGAAUGGCAGUCUCAGGGUCAAUGCACACAAGCUUCUCUUAAUCUCCCAGAGCACUGUCUUCAGCACCAUGCUGUCCAGUGAACGCUGGGCGGACUCCAAACAGAAAACUAUCAACCUUGUAGAAGAUGACCAGUGCCUCCCUCACUUUGAGGACUUCCUGAAGUACUUCUACACUGGGAGCAUCACCAUCGACACUCGCAAUGCCUUCCCAGUACACUGCCUAGCAGAUAAGUACCAUGUCUCUAACUUGAAGCAGAGCUGUGAGCAGUUCAUGCUGAAGAAGGUGGCUGCACCCGGAGAAUUUAACCGAGCAAUCUCAUGGAGGAAAUAUAGCAAGCUGGCCAACCUCAAAAAGCUUGAGGAAGAUUGUGAUAAAUUCAUAGCAUGGAACAUGAACACGAUUAUCCAGUCUCCCGACUGGAGCACAAUUGACCGGGAGCACCUCCUUGCUCUCCUCCAAAGAUCUGAUCUGGUUGUUGAGAGUGAACUCUCCCUGUUGGAAGCUGUUGUCAACUGGCUUGGUCAUCAGCCCACCCGAAUUGAAGAGGUGCUGCAAUACAUUAGAUAUCCUUUGAUCCCGCCUGAAGAAUUCUUUAAGUUUCAGGCUUCAGGCACAAUGGAUCAGGCGGUUUGCUCAUUUAUACUUGCAAAAGGUAUAAUAGCAUACCAAGCCAACUCUGUUUCUGUAGAGACCCUCAAACAGAGUCAUGACAUCACCUCCCCUGCAUUUUCUAUGAGACUCUAUACAUCCAAGGACUAUGGGAGUCCACUGGAAAUCCAAAAUUAUAUGUACAUGGAAAAAAUACAGCAUCAGAUGUCAUUUACAAGCAAGAUGUUCCAAGCACAGUCUACUUGGUCCAUUACUUUCUAUCCUAAAGGUGAAAGGAUUACAGUGGAAACACAAAUACCUAAUCAACAUGCUAAUUAUAGGCAUUUUGGAUAUCAAGUGCAAACUUUUCAACAUACUGAAAUGGUAUAUCAAGAGCAGGUUGUGAAAGAUGACAACAAUACUGCAUUCCAAUGCACAGUAGACAACUGCACCCCAAGCCAGUCGAACCACGAACACAGACUCACUGUGCUCCUGAUGAAACCCAACAAUGAUGGAUGGUUUGUGUCUGACAUUCGAUCCAUCAAUGUCCUUCACUCGGUGGAAGCCAGGAUUCAUGAUCUGAUCCCAGAGUCUGAACGAGAGGACUAUGUCAGUAACGACACGAUGAAGCUCCAUCUGAUUGGGAGCACUGUUUGGAAAUAAGAAGAGGGAGCAGCGAAGCAAAGCAGAAGAUAUUCAAGGACUGAGCUUUCCAAUCAGUGUGGCACCCGGAUUCAAAUACUGGACAGCUCCCCUUGCAGAAUCCACGGAGUAACCUUAUCAAAUAUAGAAGUAAAAGCCUUUGCCAACUUGAAUCGUGUGAGAAUUUCAGAUUGUCAUGUAUCUAGAUCAUGCUCUCUGUCUCCUGCAACAGUGCUGGUGCUCUGAUUGAAACAAGUGAUGUAAUGAGCAUUGUGAUCUUUCAAUGGAUCUAGUGAUCUUGAUCCUGAGCUCAUUUAUCUUGUGAACUCCACAUUACAAUGUUGUAUUUGAUUUCUUAUUAAGGUAAUAAGGCAUGGCUUACUGUAUUUAGUAAAAAGGACUAAAAACAAUUCUGUAAUCACGCUUUCUGUACACACACCUUUUUCAAAUUCCCCUUGUCAAAUUUCCUUUGGAUAGUUCUGUAAUCUGUAGGAAUACUAACAGAGGCUGGUAAAAUCCGUUUCUGCUAAGGAGUCCAAUCAUUUCAUAUGUUGAGCAAAACUAGAAAUCCAUUGGCCGGCUGACAUACAUGAUCAAAUUUCCAUUGGUUAGUCCUGCAGACAGGGCCGUCCUUGCAGAUCAGUUGUGUUGUCAUUGGCAGAGAGAUCAAACUCAGUAUGUAACAAAGGACUCGCCCCGUGCUGGAUCAACACCUACAAGCAUUAGCAAAGCGUCCAUUCAAAUCUCAUUUGAAUGCCUCUUUUACACUCCCCUUACUCUUCCCUCCUAUGUUUUUAAAGACAGACAUUGGCAUGGAAUGAGGAAGUGUGUUCAGUUAGGA